GCAUAUCAUAGAUUUUUCAGGGCUAUACCAAUGUUUUUGUCUGCUUCCAGAGCUACCUUGGGCAACAAGAGGAUUUACAGGAGGAAUUUCAUCUCUGCCAACCUUCCAUCAUGGCAGAAAAGGUUUCUAACUGGCACAGCUAUCUUCAGGUGAUUCAGUCCCGUGAAUAUCAGAGAGUGCAGCAUUUUCAGAAGGCAGAAAACAUUUUGUUUAUUGUACUGGAAAGAGUCAAGACAAUGGAUCCUAGAUUUAUAGUGGAUUAUUCAAGAAACCUGGAAGCCUUGGAAUUUUCCCUCUCAGCUGCAGAAGAUAAAGUUACCAUGGAGGUUCCCUUACGUGUCAAUGCCGAGGUUCUCCUGAUGCAACUAUGUACAGAUGAACAAAGUAAUUCUGAGAAUGUUACUCAUAGGAAUUGCCAGAUGCCAGGACCAUGCUAUUUAAGGGUACCCAAGCAAGAAACCAGCCUAGAAAACUGGACCAAAGAAGAUGUGUUCAGUGCUGUGAAAGAUGCUGAUUCCAGGGGACAUAUUGUGCCAGGCAAAGUCCUUCAUCUCCUGAAAGAACUGAUAGUUGCUGCCAUUGUUCACUGCAAACUCCAGAAUCUUAUUAAGCCAGGUGAACUUAGUGCUGAGAGGCUAAAUGAAGACGGGAUGCAGCUGCCUUUGUUGGUGUCCAGUGACUGGAAAACUAUCUGCUUCAAUAUUAUUCCAGUAAUCAGGAGAAAGCAGGAUACUCUGAACAACUGGCAAGAAAGAGGUUUCCCAAAAGGCAGUCUGAGCAAAGUCACGCAAGAAGCUGUUUUCAUCCCUACCAGUUACCAUCACUGGAGCUAUUCCACCAAUUGUCCCAUCUCAAAACUUGUUCAAACUGUAAGCACCCUAAAGGGAUAUCGCCUGGACAGUCUCUGUCUUCUUGAUCAAAUCAACCAUGAGUAUUGGAGAGAGAAAGGGAAGGAAAAAGGACUCACAUUUCAACAUUUGAAGAUGUUAUUGCUGUGGGCUACUCAUUUUUUCUCUUCCUCUGAAGACUGGCUGAGUCUGGAAGGAUCAGUAUAUCGUCUGCUGGUGAUCUUACUCUGUUGCUUGGUGACCAAAGAUCUUCCCCAUUUUUUAUAUCCAGAGCAAAAUCUGUUCAAUAAUGAUAGUCUGGACCUAAGUGCUUUGUACCCCAAAGUGGAAAGCUUUGCCAUAAGUCCUAAGCAUUUCCUAAAGUUUAAUUUCACCCAAAGAGAAGGCAAGAAAUUCCAUCAGAAGGAUAAUGGUCUCAAAGCUUUAUUUCAUCUCCCAGCUGAAAACAGAGACUACUGGGAUACUGCCUUUUUUGAUAUGCUGCUUAGCAAGUUUCAGGCAUAUCAGGUUAAAGACACACAACGGAUUUCUGCUAUGUCAAGUAUCUUAUCAAAGAUUAAGAAAAUGGUCCAUAACCAGAGUUGAAAAUUCUGUCUUUCCUGCCUGGAUGAAUAUGCUUUAUAUUUAGCUUAUUUGUUGUGAUCAAGCAUCAUUUCUGAUACUGUGAGUUUCUUGCUCAAGAAAAUAAAGCACAUAUAGCAUAUCACUCUACAGCAGCGGUUCUCAACCUAUGGGUCGCGACCCCAUUUGGGGUCGAUCGACCAUUUUUCGGGGGUCGCCAAAGAAGGCGAUCCGCCAUUUUCUCCCCUCAGGGGGCGGCGCCCCCAUGCGUGCGGCGCCGUGCAUGUGCAGAACGUUUGUGUGACGGGGGUCGCCGUCACACAAACGUUGAGAACCACUGCUCUACAGUAUAUAAAGGUAGCACUUGUUGAAUUCAAUUUCACUACUAAGAAUGAUGGUCCAAUUUGUAACUACUAUCUUUUAUACAGUAAGUAAAAUAUAUACAGUGGUCUUAAUUCUCUGUCUGCAUACUGUUUAUCAGAGAUUUAUAAUCUGGUGUCUUUCAAACUUUAGAAAGAAUAAACAGAACUCUUCCAAAAGUUGCUACCAGAUAGUAAUUGUGAAUAUGAUAGCAAUAAUUAUUAAAUGCAUGCAGAGUAAUCCUAUUAAUCUACUUAAUGUAACUUAAAAUUAGUAUCAUUUUUGUCCAGGUCUCUCACAGUUUUUCUUUUUGUUCCCCAUUCACCACUACAGAAUGGAGCUAGUAUACUCCCUGAUAGUAUGCUCCUAUAUUAGAAGAAAAUAUUAAGAUAUUCUGAGUCUCUUUAGAAAAUGCCAAUGUUCAGAACUAAUACAGGAAAAAAACAAUUUAAAAAGGAAGUAAAAUUGUAUUUAUAGCUUUUUCAGUGCUCAGGUAUAUGUGGACAGUACAGUAUGUUAUUGUUGCAGAUUUCCUCUGAUCCUUCGUUUCUGAAGGCUGAAAACCUGAUGAAAAACAUAUCUAGCGUAAGAACUUCUGGUCAUCUAUUGCCUUAGUAGGAAAUUCAGCAGUUUUUUGUUCACUGUCCUCCCUUACUGAUGAUUGGUAGUACAUCUAUGAAUUUAAAACUGCACAUUUUGUGAACAUGUUUGUAUAAAUGUACAUAUGCAUACAUCUAUGAAAACCUGGAUGUUAAUCUGGAAAACCCUGUUUCCCAUGCAGCCCUUGGAGCCAAAAUGGCUGCCAUCUGUAUUGUAGAAUGUGGUCUUUUGUGAAGAGCAUACUUACAAAGCAAUGCUAGAUGCUAUAUAAUAUUAAUUAUAGCCAUAUAAUGUAUCUGUAUUCUUUCUGCAUAGGAAGAAUUUAUGAAGUAACAAAAUUAUAGCAUAUCUUUUUGUAUGAUUAUACCUAAAGGUAUAUAUGUUUAUGGCGCUGCCAUGUAGUCACUGUUAUUUUUAAUUCCAUGUUAUGUAUAUUAAUUCAUAUAUGUGAGAAAAAUAAUAAUGUAAUACAAUUCUAUAUAAAAACUUGCUAUCUGA